CGCCUGUUCCCUCGUCUGCAAGCGGUGGCUAGCCCUAGAGCGCCUCAGCCGUACCACGCUCCGGGUCGAUGCUACCGGCAGUCCUGACCUCUUCGUCAAGCUCCUUGCCCGUCGAUUCUUCAAUGUUCGUAAUGUUCACAUUGAUGAGCGCUUGAAUAUUACGCUCCCCGUUCAGCUCGGAAGAAGGCGCGGGAAUAAUAGAACCAACUACCAUCCUUUUCCUCUCUGAAUUGAAUACUCUUCCAUCCCAUACAUGGCUCCAGGACCAACUGCAUCUUCUUCUUCAAUUGAACCACGAGAUGUUUGCAUAGUGGGUGUUGCAAGAACGCCCAUGGGGGGUUUUCUCGGCUCCCUCUCCUCUUUCUCAGCUACUCAGCUUGGCUAUUUUUCCAUUCGAGCUGCUCUUAACAGGGCAAAAGUGGACCCCUCACUCGUGCAAGAGGUCUUCUUUGGCAAUGUCCUCAGUGCCAACUUAGGACAAGCUCCAGCUAGGCAAGCUGCCCUUGGUGCUGGCAUACCCAAUUCUGUCAUUUGCACCACUAUUAACAAAGUUUGUGCAUCUGGGAUGAAAGCCGUAAUGCUUGCAUCACAAAGUAUCCAGCUUGGCUCCAAUGACAUUGUUGUGGCUGGUGGAAUGGAGAGUAUGUCUAAUACUCCUAAGUACCUUCCAGAUGUAAGAAAAGGAUCUCGAUUAGGACCUGAACAAAUUUUUGAUGGCGUGCUUAAAGAUGGCCUGUGGUAUGUCUAUAAUGAUUUUGGAAUGGGAGUUUGUGCAGAGAUAUGUGCUGAACGAUAUACUAUCUCGAGAGAAGAGCAGGAUGGCUAUGCUAUACAAAGCUUUAAGCGAGGAAUGGCUGCACAAAAGAAUGGUUUCUUUGCAUGGGAAAUAGCCCCAGUAUGACUUAUUGCUUUAUAA